CCGUCGGCAUCCUUCGCAGCACACAAAACGAAGCAAGGCACAUUGAACAAGCGCAACAACACAUACCGAAACAAACCAAAGCACAUCCGACUAACAACACAUCAGAAGAAGAAGAAGAAGAAGAAAGGAAGGCACAAAAAUGGUUCGAACUACCGCCGCAUCCUCCAUCGGCAGGAGGCUAAUCAUGGUUGCCCGAGGAAGUGGCAACGUAUUGUCGUCCUUUUCGUCGUCGUCGUCGUCGUCGUCGUCGCCGAGGCUUGCAUCCACAACGCCCCGGCGGACCGUCGCAUCGGUUUCUGUCGCCGCCGGCAACGAUCUCUGGACGAGCAGAAGGCACGCCAGAAAGGAAGAGUCACCACCGAGGAGGAGGACGACGACCGGGGAAACCCGACACCUCUCCCUUUCGUCUGCGUCGUCGCCGCCGACGCCGUCUGCUUUGUCGUUCCCGAUCCGCUCGCGGAGAAAAAGCCCGCCGGCGGAAGCAGCAAGGGACCGAGCCGGUGGCCACCGCCGCUGGCGUUCGUCGCCGCCGGAGGAAGACGGGCGGCUGCUGGAGCCCCGCGAAAGCAUGGCCUUUGACGUGCUGGUCGUCGGCGGGGGACCCGCGGGGCUGGCGGCGGCCAUCCGGUUCAAGCAGCUCUGCCUGGAGCAGGAGACCGACCUGUCGGUCUGCGUCAUCGACAAGGGGAGCGAGAUCGGGUCGCACAUUCUGUCCGGCAACGUCUUUGACCCGCGGGCCAUCCACGAGCUCUUUCCGCAGUGGGCGGGGAAGGCCGGGAACGACGAGAGCGGGGAGAAUCCCCACUGGACCGAGGUCUUUUACGAGAGCCAGGGAUCCAGGGCGACGCCGGUGGAGAGCGACGCCUUCCAGAUCCUGACCGAGGGCGGGUCCGCCUACCCCGUUCCGGGGGUCUUUUUGCCCAGCCAGCUGCACAACGACGGGAACUACAUCCUGAGCCUCUCCCAGCUGUGCCGGUGGCUCGCCGAGGAGGCGGAAAACCUGGGGGUGGAGAUCUACCCCGGCUUUGCCGCGAGCGAGGUCCUCCUCUCGGAAGAAAGGGAAAGCAACGGGCCCUCCGUCCUGGGGGUCGCCACCCGCGACGUCGGCAUCGGCAGGGACGGCCUUCCCAAGGCGACCUUUGAGCGGGGGGUCGAGCUCCGGGCCCGGCAGACCCUCUUUGCCGAGGGGGCCCGGGGGUCGUGCUCGGAGUUUCUCAUGGAGAAGCUCGGCCUGCGGGAAAGCGAGGCCGUGCAGAACCAGACCUACGGCCUCGGGAUCAAGGAGGUCUGGGAGGUCCCCGAGGAGGUCUUCCAGAAGGGACUGGUCCAGCACACCCUGGGCUACCCCCUCCAGUCCUCGCCCACCGACAAGACCUUUGGGGGGAGCUUUUUGUACCACCAGGAACCCAACCUGGUCCUGGCGGGACUGGUCGUCGGCCUCGACUACAAGAACCCGAACCUCAACCCCUACAAGGAAUUCCAGAAAUGGAAGACCCACCCGGAGGUCCGGAAGCACUUCGAGGGUGGCACCUGCAUCAGCUACGGUGCCCGUGUCCUGAACGAGGGUGAGUAAAUUAAAGGGAUUGGAUUCCUCCGGGGGAGCCGCGAUCCCGCGCUGUCCGGCCUUUCGAACCACGACUGACCCACCCGUUGCGUUUUUUAUUGUUGUGCCAAUGCUUUGUCGCCUCUGCUUUUUCGCUGGUUGGUUGGUUCGUUCGUUCGUUCGUUCCCAUUCUCGCAGGCGGAUACCACGCCAUUCCAAAGGUGACCUUCCGGGGCGGCGCCCUCCUGGGCUGCGCCGCGGGCUUUCUGAAUGCGGUCAAAAUCAAGGGCUCCCACACCGCCCUCAAGUCGGGCAUGCUGGCGGCGGAGGCCGUCUUUGAGGGCCUGGUGGCAGAAACCGACCAGCCACCGGUGGCGGAAACCUUUGAGCUGAGCGAAUCGUACCGGCCGACCGAACCGGCCUCCUACGCCGACAAGCUGGAGGCCUCGUGGAUCUACGAGGAGCUCUUUGAGGUCCGGAACGUCCACCAGGCCUUCUCCAAGUGGGGCGUCGGGGGCGGCCUCGCCUACUCGGGGCUGGCGACGCAUUUCACAAAGGGCCGGGAGCCGUGGACCCUGUCCCACGAGACGACCGAUUCGUCCGAAACCGAGGAGGCCUCGGGACACGAGCCCAUCGACUACCCCCCCCCGGACGGAAAGCUCACCUUUGACCUCCUCACCAACCUCCAGCGAAGCAACACCUACCACGAGGAGGACCAGCCGGCCCACCUGCGGAUCCGGCCCGAAAAGGCGGAGGUCCCCGAAACCGUCUCGCUGCCGGUGUACGGCGGACCGGAGCAGAGGUUCUGCCCCGCCGGCGUGUACGAAUACGUCGAACGCGAAAGCAGCGGCGGCGACGACGACGACCAGGAAUCCUCCCCCGCCGGCGGAGCGGCUUCACCCGGGGGAAAACUGGUGAUCAACGCCCAGAACUGCAUCCACUGCAAGUGCUGCAGCAUCAAAAUGCCGGACGAGUACGUCGAAUGGACGGUGCCGGAGGGAGGAGGGGGCCCCCAAUACCAAGUCAUGUAAUGGCAACAUGCAAAGAGUACAAACCCAAAAUAAUUUGUCUAGCUUGUA